CCUCUCACCUUGGCAGCCACGCUGAGAAAGGGCUCCAGGGUCCCCGCAGAAUGACAACUCUCGUCCCUGCAACCCUCUCCUUUCUUCUCCUCUGGACCCUGCCAGGGCAGGUCCUCCUCAGGGUGGCCUUGGCAAAAGAAGUUAAAUCUGGGACCAAGGGGUCCCAGCUCAUGUCCCCCUCUGAUUUCCUGGACAAGCUUAUGGGGCGAACAUCUGGAUAUGAUGCCAGGAUUCGGCCCAAUUUUAAAGGCCCACCCGUGAACGUGACCUGCAACAUCUUCAUCAACAGUUUCGGCUCUGUCACCGAGACUACCAUGGACUAUCGGGUGAAUGUCUUCUUGCGGCAGCAGUGGAAUGACCCACGUCUGGCCUACCGAGAAUAUCCUGACGAUUCACUGGACCUUGAUCCCUCCAUGCUGGACUCUAUCUGGAAGCCAGACCUGUUCUUUGCCAAUGAGAAAGGGGCCAACUUCCAUGAGGUGACCACAGACAACAAGUUACUACGCAUCUUCAAGAAUGGGAAUGUACUCUACAGCAUCAGGCUGACCCUCAUUUUGUCCUGCCCGAUGGACCUCAAGAACUUCCCCAUGGACAUUCAGACCUGCGCGAUGCAGCUGGAGAGCUUUGGCUACACCAUGAAUGACCUUGUGUUUGAGUGGCUGGAAGAUGCUCCUGCUGUCCAAGUGGCUGAGGGGCUGACUCUGCCCCAGUUUAUCUUGCGAGAUGAGAAGGAUCUAGGCUAUUGUACCAAGCACUACAACACAGGGAAAUUCACCUGCAUCGAGGUAAAGUUUCACCUGGAACGGCAGAUGGGCUACUAUCUGAUUCAGAUGUACAUCCCCAGCCUACUCAUUGUCAUCUUGUCCUGGGUCUCCUUCUGGAUCAACAUGGAUGCUGCCCCUGCCCGUGUGGGCCUAGGCAUCACCACCGUGCUCACCAUGACAACUCAGAGCUCUGGCUCCCGGGCCUCUUUGCCUAAGGUGUCCUACGUGAAGGCAAUUGACAUCUGGAUGGCGGUGUGCCUGCUCUUCGUAUUCGCUGCCCUGCUGGAGUACGCUGCUGUCAAUUUUGUCUCCCGUCAGCAUAAGGAAUUCAUGCGACUUCGAAGAAGGCAGAGGCGCCAACGCAUGGAGGAAGAUAUCAUCCAAGAAAGUCGCGUCUAUUUCCGUGGCUAUGGCCUGGGUCACUGCCUGCAGGCAAGGGAUGGAGGUCCAAUGGAAGGGUCUGGCAUUUAUAGCCCCCAACCUUCAGCCCCUCUUCUAAGGGAGGGAGAAACCAUGCAAAAACUCUACGUGGACCAAGCCAAGAGGAUUGACACCAUCUCCCGGGCUGUCUUCCCUUUCACUUUCCUCAUCUUCAACAUCUUUUACUGGGUUGUCUAUAAAGUGCUACGGUCAGAAGACAUCCACCAGGCACUGUGAAUAGGGUGGAGGCUAGAGAGUCCAGCUGUUGGCUUCCUUCCUUUUGGGUGGGCUUUCCCCCUCCACUAGAUUCC